AUGGCAACAGCAAACACCAGAGCAAAAUGUUCUAUUUGUAACAAAGCAAAUGCAACUUGUCUUUGUUCAGGAUGUUCAAAAGAUUUUUGUUUUCAACAUUUAACAGAACAUCGACAAAUUCUUGAUAAACAAUUAAAUGAAAUUAUCAAUGAUCAUGAUCAAUUUCAACAAACGAUUAUUGAACAAAAACAGAAUCCAUCGAAUUCUUCUUUAAUUCAACAAAUUAAUCAAUGGGAAACAGAUUCAAUUGAUCAAAUUCAACAAACAGCAGAAGAAUGUCGAAAAACACUGACGAAUUUGACACAAAAGUCGAUUAGUGAUAUUGAAAAAACGUUUAUUGAAUUAUCUCAGAAAUUAAAAGAAACCCAUGAAGAAAAUGAAUUUAACGAAAUUGAUUUAAAUCAUUUUCAAUUAAAAUUAACACAAAUUACAGAAGAAUUCAAUGAACCAUCAAAUAUUUCGAUUCGACAAGAUUCAGAAGAAUUUAUUAAGAAAAUUUCAGUUCUUUCAACAUCAUCCAAUUAUACACCAAAGAAUCCAUAUGGAUUUGAGCAAACACAUCGUACGCAUCAACCCUAUGUCAAUCCACAAGGACGUAAUGCUGAUAAUCAGCAACCAGUUUAUAUGCAAUCUUUUGUACCACCUUCACCAUUCAUUCAUGCAAACGAUCCACAAUCAAUGACCCCAUUUCGCCUUGUUGUUCGGCCACCGAAUGAAAUUCCCAUUGGAGCACCAAAUUAUAUGCAACCAACAUCGUACUUAUCAUAUCCAAAUAAUAAUUUACAACAACAAUCAACUGCGUAUCCUACACCACACUAUCGUCCACCUUAUCAUGUGCCACAAAAUAUUCCACAACAAACAUCAACAACACAAUUAUCUAAUCAAACACAGCCAUCAAUUAAUGAACAAUAUGGAACAUCAUCUCAGUCUUCACAAUCAAAAGAAAAACGUAUAAGACAACCAUUAAGAAUUAUUGAUCCGGUGUCACAAAGCACUCUAGAACUGAAAACAGAAAUUCCAUCAAAUGAUGAAGAUCGUCAAAAAGAUACAGUUGUUAAUUCAACAAAUACUACGUCAGAAUUAUCUGAUGGUACAAAUAAAACUGAAUUACGAGAAGAUUUUCUAAGGCGAUUUGCUCGACUAUUAGCUUCUGAUGGUCAAACGGAUAGGACUGAAAAGCAACCAACAAAUAGUGUUAAAAAUUAA